CUGUACUGGGGCGCCAACAGCGAUGCGCCGAGCCUUGGAAACGUGUGUUAGGGACGUUUGCCUGUGGCACACGUACCAGGGUUCGGGAGGAAUCGGGCACGACCCCCCGCGCGAUAUCGAGAACGAGAUGACCAGGGAGGAUCUCGAAGCAGAAUCCGCCAACAUCAAGAAGAUGCACGAGAAAGGCAUCAAAACGGCGGAGAUCUACAAAUACCUGCAAGAAACGGGAAAGAGGCUGGGAGACAAAGGAAAACAGAUGCUGCGUCUCAUGAGGGCGAAGUUCGACAAGGACAAGCAGAACAGCCGCGGUGGUUUGAACGACGCCCAGCAGUUGCUUCACCAGCUCGAGGAGGACGGCGCUUUCAAGAACUUCAAGCUCGACGAGGAGAACCGCCUGACGGACGUUGCUUGGGCACACGAGGAGCAGCGGCGCAACGCGGAGAAAUACUUUCCCAUCAUCGUAUCAGACACCACAUUCAACACCAGCAAGUAUAACCACAAGCUGGCAUUCAUAGUGGUGGUAGAUAAGGAGAACCUCACGCAAAUUGCGAUGCAGGCGCUGUUGGAAACCGAGAGGCACGAAUCCUUCGUGUUCUUGAUGGAGUCCUUCAAGAAGCUCAUCCGCGGAAGCAGCCCACAGGUGAUCUUCACGGACACAGAUCAGUCAGAGAUGUCGGCCAUCGCGCAGGUCUUUCCGGGGGCGCUUAACAAGCUGUGCUACUGGCACACGGAGCAGAACGUGAAGGAGCAUGGGAAGGGACUUCCGCAGGGUGUCAUCCAGGGAGUGCUGCGAAAGUUCAAGGCAGCGGCAUACGCGCCAACGGUCGGGGUAAGAGAAAUCUUAUUGUCGGCAACCCCUCUCGCGAUGUUGGACCCUGAGAGCAGAAUGUAUAAGUACAUGGCAGGAGACAUCUUCAGCGCUACACAUGCAUCGCGGGCUGGCAGGUGGGCGGCAUUUGUCCACCCUGGGCUUCACACCCUCGGCAUUGCCUCCACGCAGCGGGUGGAAUCCAUGAACUGCGCCUUCAAGAAGCUGGUGACCAGGACGGGAGACUUGUUCGACCUUGACCGUGCCAUCGUGGGCAAGGUUAACGAUGGCAAGAUCAAGGCCGAAAGGUGGGAUGGCGUGUACUUGCGGCCCCGUGUGUCAGGGACAGCCCAUGGCAAGUGA